UGUUCUUCUCAAUCUUCUCCCUCCUCUCCAUUUGCGGCACCAUUCAGUUUCUUAAAUAAAUUAUGAAGCUCUCUUAAUUUACGCUCCUCCAUUCUGUGUUUUCUCAAUUAGAAUGGAACUCGAAUUCUAGGCUAUAUAAACUCUUUCUGUUUUGAGUAUUUUAUUUAUAAUCCCCAAUCAAUCAACUGAUCAAUUUCACAAUCCUAUCACUCGAUUCACUCCUCCUCCUUUUUAUUUAUCUUCUCAUCCAUUAUAUAGCCCCGAUCCACGACCUUUAGUCUCCAAUUGAUUGUUCUAAUUUAUUUUUGUUUUGAUUUUGAUAAGUUAUUAGAAUGGUGGACGUGAGAAAGAGGAAAAAUUCAGACAUCCAUGGUGAACAGCAAUACAUCAGGGAAAUAGUAAUUGGGAAGAAGAAAAGGAAACCCCUUGAUGAAGAAGAAAACAGACCAAUUGUGAAAAAACAAAGGAAGAAAUACAGCACAAAGGGAAGCAAAAAGCAAUUGUCACAAAAAAAGUUAAAAUUGAUGAGGGAAAAAGAAUUGGUGAAAAAGUAGAGCAGAAAGGCAAGGAAAGAGCAACUCUGAAGAAAAGGAAACAACUUGAAGAUGAUUCAGGAAAAAAAAUUGAAAAAGAAGAAAGGGGGAUCGUCAGAAACAGAAACGAAAUCGAUGAAGAAGCAGCAAUCGGUGAAAUCGUAGAGGAAAGAGCAGCUGUGAAGAAAAGGAAACAACUUUGUGAAGAAACAUAUGAAAAAGAGCAGGGCCGAACAGUUGUCGAUCUUUCAGACGAUCUGUGGACUGAGAACAUUUUAAUGAGAUUACCAGCUCCAACUCUUCUAGCCAGAUGCAGUCCGUUGAGUAAGUUAUGGCACAAUUCAACUACUAAAGAUGCACGAUUUGCUGUGGUUCAUAAUGUUCUAAACAGAAAUAACAAAAGUCUAAUCCUUAAUCUCCUUAAUGUAUUUAGGGGUGGCAUCGAUAUUUGUUACUUUUUUAGGUUAGAAGCAAAUAAUGACAAUAAUUAUCUCCAUCCUAAAAUUAUCACUCGUAUAGAAACCCAUGAGAUAUUUGAACUAGUAGGUUAUGCUAAUGGUUUAGCAUGUAUUAAACGGGUGAGUAAACCUGAUGCUGCUAUGGGUUCGAUUUCUGUGGUUAACCCCAUCAGAUUUGAAACACUUAACCUAUAUUAUGUUACUCCAACUGGAGGAUACAUCUACUUGUGUCAUGGUUUUGCUUUUGAUUCAUUAUCACAAGUAUACAAGGCUGUAAUUGUUUUUACUUCGAAAGAUGACGACGGGUUUGUUUGCGUGGUCAUUACACUGGGAACUCUGUCGUGGAGAAACAUAAUUACUAGUACUCUUGAUAUGUCACCACCACCCGGUUCUCCACCUUUUCCUGGUCGAAUGGUAACCAGACUUUCAAGUUCGUUUUGUAGACCAGCCACCUAUUGCGGGGGUGAUCUUCUUUGGAGGACGACUAGUGAAGUUGGUAAUGGUUCUAAGAUGGAAAUGUUGCUCUCAUUCGACCUCCACUACGAGAAGAUUCGGUUCAUUCGACUCCCGGCUGUAUCUAAUCUGACCCCAACAAUGGAUGAACAUCAAUAUCUAGUUAUUGAUCAUCUUUUGGAGUAUAAAGGAUAUCCUUGUAUUGCGCGUUCUGAGAAGAUAUCGAUAAGCAACAGUGAUCACAGCGGCCAUCGUUGUGAAUAUCAGAGUAAUUGUUGCUGCAAGGUUCAUAUGUAUAUAUUAAAGGACAGGGUCAAGCAAGUAUGGAUCAGGGAGGAGACUUUCGAUGUCCAGAUUAAGGAUCAUGAAGGUUUAUUACCAGCUCCCCUCUGUUGUUACUUUGAAACUAGCGCUGUUACACCUCCUACACGUGCAUUGACUCUCUCCGAUCAGGUGCUAUUGUACUGGUUUAAUGGGGAAAGUCUCAUACUCUACAAUUUGCAGGAGAAAUGUCUCAAGGUGGUAAAAUGUUCCCGCUCGUAUCCUAGGAUUUUUCAAGCUAAGAUGAACGAAACACUAAGCCGUAAGAUUGGUGAUGAUAUUAAUAUUGAUUGCCCAUACAUGGAUUAUCAGCUGCAUGCGCAAGUGGAGAAUCUCGUUUCUCUGACAACCUUUGUUCCUAAAGGAGCUAAAACCAGUAACUGUGACUGUACUGAAGAUUUGCAACGUGUUGUCGUAGGCAACCUACUGGCAGGGUUGGUGUUUACGGGAAGAAAACCAUUCAAGUCUUAUGCUUUCUACGAGGACAAAGUGGUUGGUGACGAGGUCCGCGAUGAUGUUCAAGGCAACCCUAAUGGAAGUUGUAGCUCAAAGCAGAGUAGAAGUGAGAAGAAGAGUGGGAAGGCAAUUCCAAAGUGACCUCUUAUUGCCAAGAGCAAGGUACAGUCAACUGGUUCUGGAUUUUCUCAGCUGAUGAGAAAAUGCCAAAACAUGGUUGCUAUUUUGGAGAAACAGAAAGUUACCGGUAACCCUGUCCCAGAAGAAGAAUGGAUGGCUGUACUUAAAGGGAUGCCAGACCUGGAUGAAAAUUUGGAAUUAGAUGCUGUGAAUUUUCUUAGAGGUGAUUCAGUUGACGCCCAAAUUUUUGUAGCUUUAAGUCCAGAAUUACGGAGGAGGUGGUUGAUUAGUAAUCUUAGGCCGAACCUACUUUGAUAUCCCCGAAACCUUUCCUACAUCAGGUGUCACCAAUUUAAAUUCUUGAUCUAGGAAUGUUGAACCGUUUUAGAAGCUGUCUGGAUCAUGUCAUUGAUGAUUGGUUGACACACCUUGGUGAAGAUUCUGUAGAUGUUAAGCGUUUUCAAACUUGGGCUGUUUCUAACAAUUUUUUUAAUCCAGUUUGGAUGGGGCACUGGUUUCAAGUUUAUCACAAUUCUGGUUUUAAGAUUGUCACAAUUCAAUUAUCAUUUUUUUUGUCUUUUGUA